AUGUCAAGAAGAGAGCUAAAAACCGUCAUGCGAUAGAUUCAUAGAGAUAAAAAGUUUACUUUUAAACCUUCUCUCACUCCAUUAACUGAGAGACUUGCUGAAUCAGCCAGAUAUCACAAUAAAUCUAUCUCAUAAACAAACAUUAAAAUCUAGUCAAGAUAAGCAUUUCCCAAUCAGAAUACAUCAAGAAGUUCAUCACAGAUCUAAGAUGCGAUAUUAGAAACAAAAAGUGCUUAAUAGCUACCUCAACCAAAGAAAAGGAAAAGAUGGGAGGAUUUACAUGAUAACCAUAAGAUUUAUUAGGAGAGGAUUGAUAAAUAAAAGCAAGAACUACUUUAGUAUAGAAUGUCAAUUGAGAUUCAGGAUUGCACAUUUAAGCCAAAUACGGUUAAGACACCUGUAAGUAAAAAGGUUUCACAGGAUUUUUCGAGCCAUUUGACAAAGUAAUCUGGUAUUAGUCCAUUAAGAGCUAAUGACAUAUUUGAGAGAAACUUAAAGUGGAAGAAUGAAAUAAAAUAAAAAAUCUAAGUAAAGUAAGAUGAAGUAAAGAAAGCAGAAAUGGAAGGCGUAACUUUUCAACCUGAGAUAACUAACUUUGACAAGAAUAGUCUAUAAGCCAAUUCAAAAACUUAACUUGAAUCAAACAUGAAAGCCAUUGAUUUAUAUGUUAAAAGGAUAUAAAAGGCAAAGGAAGAAAAUGAAAGAAAGUCAAAAAUUAUUUACUCCAAUAAAACCAUUAACUAAACCUAUGUCUCCAAGACUGUCUUAUAUGAGUAGAAGUACAACUUCAAUGAGUCAAAGGAGAGAAUCAUCAAAUAAUCAAACACCAUUGAAAAAUAUUUAGAAUUCUAAAUAGAAUGA